AUGAGCAAGCAAGCCAAAUUCACAAACUUGGAAUCCUUUCAACGCUUAGUUGAACGGCGAAAGGCUUGUGGGUUGGAAGAACUACCUAUAGAACGGCCAAACAACGAAGAUUCGUACAGCAACAGUCCCUUUGAUGAAGAGAAGGAAAAUGUAGGACAACAACAGCAACAACAACAUAACUCUGUGAACAAGGAAACCAUUCCACAAAACGAACUUGUUGAUGUCUAUGUUGCCAACAAUGCAAACAACAAUAGCAAGGAUGAUUUCUCUCCACACCAUCACGACGCCUUGGUUCUCGAUGAUAACUCGCCGACCUCGGCACUCGAGUAUCCCGAGAUUGGCGACCGCAGUUUGCCCGUCUUUCGCGACUUUGACCCCACAAGAGGUGCGCAACCGACAAAGAAGAAGAAAAUGACCGUGAAACGUCCUUUUCGCAAAGUUGAGCUUCCCAGCCAAAAAAAUGGCUCUUCCUUUGGAUGGAAGUAUCCAACCACUGCAAUUCACGAUCAACUGCCGUCGGUAGAAGAAGUCAAGACCAUCAUAUACAAUGAUAGCAAUGGCAGAGGAGAAGGAGUCUUUCGGUGUCAAUUCCCUCGCAAAGGACCUUGGAGUCGAGAAAUGUGGAUGACAGUCGUUUCCAUUUUCUUUCUGGUGUUCCUGUUGACGAUUCUGAUCUGGACGACUCAUUCCACUGGAACUGCGACGCAAUCAUCUGAAAGAGGUGGUUUUCUGCACGAUCACUAUGAUCCAGUUCGAUUGAAACGGGUUACAGACUACUUGAGCGAUUUUGAUGCCACAGAGAAGCUCUCUUUGCUAAUUUCGGGCAAGCCCCAACGCAAGGCUGCCAUUUUCUUGGCCACCAGUGACACCUAUUCAGAAGAGUGGCUCGAUCAACCAAGAAUGGAGCAACGCUAUUUGGAACGGUUUACCUUGAUUACCAUGUAUUAUGGAAUGAAUGGGCCUCGAUGGGAACAAUCUCUUUCUUUUCUGAAUUCUACCAUGGAUCACUGCGAUUGGAAUGCCAAUGUCAGUACUAAAUCAGGAGACAAUAUCCGAAUGGGUGUGGAAUGUGAUCCACAUGGCCUGGUCUCCAAGAUAGAUCUCGGGUACAACAACUUGACUGAGUUUGGUACCGAGACAUUACCAUUUGAACUCAAGAAUUUCAAAGAGUUGGAAUCUCUGAAAUUGCAUAACAAUGGUAUCAGUGGUAUCUUCCCGUCAUCCGUCACGCAUCUCACCAACCUAAAGUCACUGCACUUGCAAUUCUGUAAUUUGGAAGGCAGCAUUCCCAAGGAAAUUGGUAGAAUGGUCUCCCUGACGUCGUUGGGGCUGGGGUCGAAUAAAUUAACUGGAGAAAUUCCAAGCAAUUUGUCGAAUCUGCUAAAUCUGCGGCUUCUUGGACUGGACAAUAACGGCAAUUUAAUGGGAGACGUCAAGCAACUGUUUGGAAAUCUAAAGGGCCUUCAGUUCCUAUACGUGGAAAACAACUUGAUUGGUGGAGCCUUGGACGAUGACCUUGUGUCCAACUGGAAACGCAUGAUCGAAAUGGAUCUCAGCCACAACUUAAUCAUCGGAGAAUCCAUCUCUAGUGGUGUCUUGGACAUGCCAAAUCUUCAAGUCUUGGACCUCAGUUACAAUAUGAUUGAUGGAAGCCUCCCUCACGACGUGUUUGAAAAUCUGAUUCUCGAGUAUUUUGAUGUUUCCAACAACCUCAUUCAUGGACAGCUUCCAUUCAAAGUUGCGUUGAUUUGGAACUUGGCUCAUUUUGAUGUUUCUGGAAAUGCACUGACAGGAACAAUUCCAGAUACGAUCGGCAACAUGAGUAAUCUGCGAUACCUUUCAACCGAAGGAAACAAUUUUGAAGAACACCAUAUGGUGGAUCUCCGUCGAUUGGUCGAUCUGGAAGUGCUAUCUAUGAAUGGAAAUAAUUUGAAUGGUAGCUUGCCGAUGUGGCUAUCGAAAUUCGAGCAUUUGAAGGUACUAGACUUGACUGACAACCAUUUUAGCGGAUCAUUACCUCCGACUCUGGGCGCGAUGGUAGAUUUGAGUGUUCUGAUAUUAUCUGGAAACGAAUUGUCUGGCUCGAUUCCCAACACCAUGAGUCUAAUGACCAACCUUGAUGUUGUCUUACUUGACGGGAAUCACCUUGAGGGAGAUGCCGAUGCAAUUUGCAAUUCGGCAAAUGUUCAGCCCAGUACAUUUGCCACCAAUUGUCAUGCAGAAUCGCGUUUUACUUGUUCGUGUUGCACGCAGUGCUGCGAGGACGACGGUGUGAGCUGUACGGAUUUCACAUGGUCCAACACAUACGAUCCUUCCUGGCAGUAUGGCUUUGUGCAACCAACCUACAAUGGAGGUGCCGAUAGAGAACCUUCUCUGGGGGACCUCAUAGCUGAUCCUAUCCCAUAA